AGAGGAUGGCGGAAAGUGAUUUUUUGAAAAUUUGCAGGAUUUGUUUGAAAUCAUCCGAUCUGAUCGAUAUUCGGACUUCUUACUACCGAGAAAUUCUGUAUUAUGACAUGUUUGUUGGAAUAACUGACAUGCAUCUUCAAACAACAGACCCAUCUUUAAUAUGUGAGCGAUGCAUCGAGCCUUUGAAAUCUGCUUGUGACUUUCGAAUACAAGUUAAAAACAGUGCCUUAUACUUUGAGAAAUCCCAAAAACCUGAAUUCGAGUUCCUACAAACGGAAGAAGUGACGGAAAACCCAAAAACAAGACUAAAAAUCAUAAAAAAUGAGGAAAAAGAUUCAUCAAAACUUCGUUGUCGCUUCUGUCUCGAAGUUUUUUCGACAGUUAUUGCCAAACAGCGAUGCGAAAAAGCUCAUUUAUGUGCCAAUAAAGGGUUUCAAUGUGAAUUUUGUGAUUAUCGAAGCUUCCGGAGGAAUCGUCUCAAACAUCACAUUCUUCGUCAUUUCUCUGAACCAUCAAAUUACGAAUGUCCCGAUUGUCCUUCGAAGUUUUUCAAUAAAUCUUUGUUAGCAAAUCACCAAAAAGCAGUCCAUCCAAAGAGAAAUCCGCAUGAUUCGAGUCACAUUUGUCCAAUUUGUGGUCGGCAGCUUCGUACGCGGAAAAUUAUGAACGAACACAUGGCGCGAUUUCAUCAACCGGACCAAGAAAACGUUCGAAAAUUCAUUUGUGAGCUUUGUGGAAAGCGAUUUGUCCUGCGAGGCGAGAUAAAAACGCAUAUUGAGACAGUUCACUUGAACAUUCGCAAAUAUCAAUGCGAAAAAUGUGAAAAAUCCUACAAACGAAAGGAGUGUCUUCGGCAACACAUGGACUCAGAACAUCCCGAAGAUGGACAAAAGUUUAUUUGUGACAUUUGUGGAAAAAUUCUAAAAACUCGAAUAAUUUUAAAGGGACAUCAAAUCGUUCACACGGGCGAAUACAAAUUCAAAUGCGAGGAAAUUGGAUGCACGGCAGUUUUUAAGCACAAAGGCGCUUGGAGAAGUCAUAAACUCACGCAUGAACCAGAAAAAAUAUUUUCUUGCGAGUUCGAGGGAUGCAACAAGAGCUUCAGAUAUGCAGCUUCCCUGAAAAGUCAUCAAAAAAUGCAUAAUCCAGAAGAGACGCAUAAUUGUCGGUUUUGUGAAAAAUCUUAUUCGAUGGCUUUUAAGCUGAGGGAACAUGAGGAAGUUGUCCAUCAAGGGAAACGAUAUGAUUGUCCGGCAUGCGGAGCAAGAAUGACGAGCAAAAAUAAUCUUAAGAGACAUGUGCAGUUACAUUGCACGGAAGGAGUGAAGAAAAAAAGUUGAUUUUGAUUUUUUUAUUUAUUUUUUACGUGUAUCAGUUUUUUAAAUUUUUCGAAAUUUCUUGUUUUUUUUUU